CGGCCUGGCCCUCCCUGGCGUCUACUCGACUCCCCCCGCCCCCCGGGGUCGUUUUAUCAGGGGCGCCGCCGGCUCACCUGGUAUUUGCAUCUCGCCCUCCAACUUGCCAUUGGCGGCGCGACGUGUGGGAGAGCCCUGCGCCUCGCCCGCCCGGACCAGCCUGCCCCGGCGCCGAGGUUGCUCCUGUGCUUAGCCCAGCCCAGCAUGCAGCCUUGAACCUGGCUUAGGCCACCUCCUACUCCAGCUCUCUACAUCCCCCAUUUUACUGUGGCUCGGGGUGUAGGCUCUAGGCUCCAGGGUACCUGAACAGCAUCUCUUCAUCAGGGAAACCCUGCAGCUCCAGAGGGCCCUGCGGAUCCCGCAGUCAGCUCUCUGAGAAGACAGCAUGGCUGUUACCCUGCAGCCCAGUGACCUGAUCUUUGAGUUUGCAAGCAACGGGAUGGAUGACAUCCACCAGCUGGAAGACCCCUCGGUGUUCCCAGCUGUGAUCGUGGAGCAGGUGCCAUACCCCGAAUUACUGCAUCUGUACUCGGGCCUGGAGCUGGAUGACGUUCACAAUGGCAUCAUAACGGACGGGACCUUGUGCAUGACGCAGGAUCAGAUCCUGGAAGGCAGUUUUUUGCUGGCAGAUGACAAUGAAGCAAACUCGCAAACCAUGUCAACCACUGAAGUCUUGCUCAAUGUUGAGUCUCCCAACGACAUCCUGGAUGAGAAGCAGAUCUUCAGCACCUCCGAAAUGCUUCCAGACCCAGAUCCGGCUCCAGCCAUCACUCUGCCCAACUACCUGUUUCCUGUCUCUGAGCCUGAUGCCCUGAACAGGGCUGGUGACACUGGUGACCAGGAGGAGCAUUGUCUGGAGGAGAAGGUCCCUAGAGAAGAAAGUGGCAAGAAGACUGGAAAAUCAAAGAAGAGAAUCCGGAAGACCAAGGGCAACCGCAGUACCUCACCUGUCACUGACCCCAGCAUCCCCAUCCGGAAGAAAUCAAAGGACGGCAAAGGCAGCACCAUCUACCUGUGGGAGUUCCUCCUCGCCCUUCUGCAAGACAGGAACACCUGCCCCAAGUACAUCAAGUGGACCCAGCGAGAGAAAGGCAUCUUCAAGCUGGUGGAUUCCAAAGCAGUGUCCAAGCUGUGGGGGAAGCAGAAGAACAAACCUGACAUGAACUACGAGACGAUGGGGCGGGCGCUAAGAUAUUACUACCAAAGAGGCAUCCUGGCCAAAGUGGAAGGGCAGAGGCUGGUGUACCAGUUUAAGGAGAUGCCCAAGGACCUGGUGGUGAUUGAAGAUGAGGAUGAGAAAAGCGAAGUCACCGCCUCAUCCCCUCCGGCCUCCAUUCCCUCCACCUCCUCCACUGGCACCUCCCGGAGAGCCAGCUCCAGGGUCUCAUCCAGAGCUGCGCCGCAGGGCAAGGGUGGCUCUUCCUGGGAGAAGCCAAAGGUUCAGCACGUUGGUCUCCAGCCAUCUGCGAGUCUGGAAUUGGGACUAUCUCUAGACGAGGAGCCCCCAACUACCUCUGCCGUGCUUGUCUCUCCACCAGAGAGCCAGGCCCAACUCACCAAAGCUGUGAGUACUCCUUCAGUGCCGGGCAAUAUCCAUCUAGGCGUGGCCCCCGUCGGGUCAGGUUCGGCCUUGACCCUGCAGACGAUCCCGCUGACCACAGUGCUGACCAACGGGCCUCCUGCCAGUACUACUGCUUCAACCCAGCUCGUCCUCCAGAGUGUUCCACCUGCUUCGACCUUCAAGGACACCUUCACUUUGCAGGCCUCCUUCCCCCUGAAUGCCAGUUUCCAGGAGAACCAGGUGGCCACACCCGGGGCUCCAUUGAUUCUCAGUGGCCUCCCCCAACUUCUGGCUGGGGCCAACCGUCCGACCAAUCCAGCACCACCCUCAGUCACAGGGGCUGGCCCAGCAGGGCCCAGCUCUCAGCCCCCCGGGACUGUCAUUGCGGCCUUCAUCAGGACUUCCGGUGCCACGGCAGCCCCUGGGGUCAAGGAGGGGCCACUGAGGCCCUCCUCUUAUGUGCAGGGCAUGAUGACUGGGGCCCCCAUGGAGGGGCUGCUGGUUCCUGAAGAGACCCUGAGGGAGCUCCUGAGGGAUCAGGCUCACCUUCAGCCACUUCCAACCCAGGUAGCUUCCAGGGGUUCGCACAAUCCGAGCCUUCUGGGAAACCAGACUUUCUCUUCUCCUAGCCGCCCCACUGUUGGGCUGACCCCGGUGGCUGAACUUGAGCUCUCCUCAGGCUCAGGGUCCCUAUUUAUGGCUGAGCCUAGCGUGACCACAUCUGGGAGCCUGCUGACCAGAUCCCCAACUCCAACCCCCUUCUCCCCAUUCAACCCCACUUCUCUCAUUAAGAUGGAGCCCCACGAAAUCUAAAUGGAGGGGGCGGGGGAAGGUGUGGUCCACCAGGCAAGGUUGAGCAGCCUUUGUAUUCAGACUUCCUCUAACAUGGACUGACUUAAGUAGCGCACCUGCCCUUACAUUUCAGUGAGGUGUCAAUGCACCAGACCCUCCGUCCCCCACCCCUGCCUGCUGUCACCAUAGCCAAGACAGGCCCAGCUGGAGCAUCCCUGGCAUCAGACCAUGGCUUUCAAGAGCACUAGGGGAUAUGAGCUUGUCGGGGUACUGGGCUGACUUGGUGAUGGAGGGAGAACCCCCUGAGACAUUUGUGACCAGUGCUGGGGUAGGGGUUUCUUGAGAAGUCUUUUCUUCCAGCUGUAUUUCACCAUCUUCGUUCCCUCCACAGAGUAUUUACUAUCCCGUAUGUGAAUAUCUCUGUAUGUAUUUGUGUGUACUCGUGGGUCUGUAUCUCUGUUUCUUUGGUGAGGACAGGGGUGUAGCUGUGAGGUUUUCAAGGGUGUGUGUGCCUCUCUGUGGCUGAGCCACAGAGAUGGGGAAUUUUCGUUUUUAAGGGAAAGCUUUUUCUCGUUCCCUUUGUACAAACCAAGACUUGGUUGUUCUGAGACUAUGGGGUAUGGUUUGGAGCCCCCAAAUCCGGAGAGAUGUCACAGAGCUGGAGCAGGUCCAGGGGAGGAGAGCGUCAAUGGGCAUGUGUGUGUUGGGGAAGAUGCAGUUAAAAGGGACAAAGAGAGGGCCAUGUGGGAUAAAACCACAAAGAGAGGAAAGGAAUUCAGCUCUGGGGAGCAGCACCCCAGGCUGGACUGAGGUCCUCUUCCUGGAGUCAGCCUCAUCGCCCACCAGUCAUUUGCCAGCAGGCUGGAAACUUGAUCUCCCCAGAGAGCUUUGCAGACGUGCCCCUCCAGGGUCAGACCCAGCCACAAAGUCCUGGGGUGGGAGGUGGCUAAAUUAGUUGAAUGUUGGCGUCGAGGGCUGGGGCUGUAAUACCAGCCUUCACAGGCACCCUGGCCUGCACCCCAGACCCCUGCUUCCCUCUUGAUUAAUUUCUCGCCUCUGCUAUUUCCCUGUUGUCAGGUGGUGCCGGGGAUGGUCGGGUUGCAAAGUGCCUUGGGCUCGCCUCUGUUCCUGCUCGUGCCUACUUGCUGCUCAGCCCGCUUUCUACUCCUCUCACAGGUCUGCCCACCCACCCACUCCCAUGAUGGCUGCAGCAGACCUCCUCCAGGGGGCCAUUGCCCCUGAUCUCCAGCUUUCGCAUCUCACCCCGAUUCCUCCUCCACGAAGAAGACGGGAGCCAGCAGAUGUGAUCUCCCUGUCCCUCCUCACUCUCCAGGGCUCCUUCCUUCCAUCUUUCCUCUUGCUGAGGACGGGGUCAGCCAAUUCUCUCUUAAAGUCAACCCCUCGGCCUCAGGCCUCCAUCCCCCACCCCCCUUCUGUGAAUUCGCUUUCCUCUCUCCUGCCAAGUUUGGGAGCAAAGCUAAGAGCUCUGACCCGUCAGCCUCAGAAACAGUGAUGUGAUCUAGUGAAUUUGGUUAAUGUGAAGCAGUGUCUCAGGACCUCUGCUAUGUCCUCGGUACAAACCCAGCCACUUGACCUGACUACCUCCCCUGGUUGCUCUUCUCUCUCUCCUGGUGGUCACUGCCAAAUCCAUGAUCAUCCUCUCUUACUUCUUCUUGUUCUCCCUCUUCUCCCCCAGGAGGGAACCAUAGAUGGUUGUACAGGUGUGUUUAUUACACGUCUUCAGCACUUGGCAUUCACGUGCCUUUUUCAAAUAAAAUCAGUUUACUAUGAUGAUUUCCUGGUGGUGGAAAUUAAAGCAUCUUGAGAAAUAGUCAGCUUUAAAAAUUUUUUGCACAAAGAUGCCACAUGGGUUAGGGGUGGCCCUGGCCACCACACCCCAGCUCCAUAGAACUCAUCAUCUGAAGGUCAUUGAUACCCUCACAAAUGACAGUGAAUGUCUUCUUCCCAGUUCUUGGCCCCUGUGAGCCGUCACAGGGGCACGUGACACUACUUCUAUACCCUCCUGCACCAGCUGAACUCAACUGCUUCCUCUGUCCCCCUCUCUCUGGGCCCACACCAGCUCCACAGCUACCACUUUAAAUGUCAGUGCCCCUAAGGGUCUCAUCCAUCCUCCUGGCUCCGGUGAGGCUCUUUGGGGAUGCGUCUGAAAUGUAGAGCUCCAGACCCACUUUUCUUCUUAGCUUCUGGCUCACAUUUCUAUUCGGUCUGCUGGAUAUUUCUACCCAGAUGUCUGUCAGUCCCUCUAUCCAAAAUGGGUUUUGAAAGUCUUUCCACACACACAAAACCUUUCUGGACAAACAAAAAGCUGUCAUGAUUUGCCUGUUUCUGUGAAUGUUGCCACCAUUUUCUUGACCUUCUAAGCUCAAUAUUUCAGAGCCGUCUGGUGGCUACCUUCAUUUUGACCCUGUCCCCUCCCCGUCUCCUGAGGGCUAGCACUGUCUGCCAUGUCUCUCAAAUCUGGCCUUUCUUCCACAUGCCCAGAGCCUCCUGCCCAGCUCACACUCACUUAUCCCCCUCCCUGGACACAUCAGCAGCCCCCAGGAUUGGAGGUCUCACCCUCUCCAAUCUGCCGGGACACCAGUUAGGUUCUUCCUCUGCCAAAAAGCCUCCAGGGGCUCCUCACUGCCUACAGGUAGGGGUGAUACUCAACAUACUUAACCUCCAGUCCGUUCUUGGCAGCUGGGCAUUAACCUUUUGUUUUCUGAAUCACGAGGCAGUCCAGGGGACUUGGAUGAGGGUUAGGGGAGCAUUUGAGGGCUCAGGGCAGUUCUUCCAGAAGUAUUUUUGAGUUUAGCAUCAGCUCUGUCUUUGGAUAACGUCCCAAGUCUUUGACCUUCCGACGAGGCCCUUCACCAUCAGAUCCUAACCAACUUCCUCAGUCUUCUCUCACAUUGCCCCCCCCCCAACUGAGGACUGCUCCAAUCAAACAGGUGGAUUUGCUGGCCUUUGAACAUGCCUCUGUCGGAGAUUCCCACCUCUGUGUUUCUGCUUUACUUGGUUCUGCUCAAUCAGAAUGUUCUUCCCACCCCACCAGUACCAGUUAAACUGUACCCAUCCUUCAAGGCUCAAUUCAUGGAAGCUGCCUCCCCAGACCAGCCUAUCCUUAAGUGAGUUCAAUUUAAAUUUGUUGCAAUUGCCACUUUUUUGGCAACCGAUUGUAAACAGCCUGUGACAUCUCUGUAAUGAUCACAAACUGUUACUUAAAUCCUCAAUGACCUGUCCCUAUUUAGUGUCCCUAAUUAGUGUGUUACCUUCUGAGGGGUGGGGGACUGUUUCACCCAAAGAGCAGGGCAUAGUACAAAGCAUCUAGUGAGCAUCAGUUAACGGUUACUGAUUGAGCUGGGGAGAAGUGAGGACCAAAGUUUGAGGUAGUUGACCUCUGACCUUCCCUUUGCACAGGCACUCACCCCAGGUGCUCCACUGCCCAGGGCCUGCCCUCCCUGGCUCAGUGCCUUCAUGGUACCCGCAUCCCCGCCCCACCCUUAGCACCCAAAAGUUGUUACUACUUUGAACAUCCUCUGCCCUUAAAGAAACUUCCCUGUCCAGUUUCUUUCCUACUCGAAGUGUUAAAUUAGCUAAUCUGAUAAACUAACCUGUGCUGAUAUAGUAAUGGGAGAGGGCUAGAGGAGACAGUUCAUUUCAACCAGGGUCGAGUGGCAAUAACACCCCUGCCUUUGCAAUGGUUUAAUGGAGUUGAGACUUGCUCCUCACCCCCAGCAGCUGAUGCAUUACUUCCUCCUCUGGGCUCCCACAGCACUUUGUAUAUACCUCUCAUUGUAGCACUUAGCACAUGGUAGCUCCUUAGCUAUGUGUUUAUGUAUGUUUCUCUCCAAUAGACUGUGAGCUCCUCAAGGACAGGGACUGUGUGUUAGUCACUGACAUCCCCAGCGCCUAGCACAGUGCCUGGCACACAGUAGGUGCUCAAUAAAUGUUUGUUGAAAGAA